ACAAACUGCAGGGGAAAUUCCCUACCCCCAAGUUUGCUGCUGCUGAACUUUUUUUCAGCUGCAACUCGCUGAGCCCGAUGUCGCGCCGCGGCUGCCCAGCCGGGGGAAGGAGGGCCCCCCGCCAGAGCACGAUGGAGAUGGAAGAAAUAUUCCUCCAGCUCUGUGAGGAGGUCGCCAGACUGCAGGAUUUGUGCACCAAGCAGGGCCAGCUCCUCCAGAAGCUGACGGCCAGGAAGGGACCCGUCCUCGAUAUCCCUGUGUCGCUGCCGAUCCAGUGCACGGAGGAUAUGGUCACAGAGGAAGGCGAAAGGCCACCGGACAGCCACCAGAAAUGCUCUGAGGCCCCAGUAUCUGCCACCUCCAACCUGGAGGGCUCUGCUCAUCCCCUGGUGCAGCCGCAUGCUGCUGGCAUGUUGCCCGGCUUCGAUGGCAAGUACUCACCAAGUGCCGUGAAUGGCAGCGUCUUCGGCGUUGGAACUGGAGGAGCAGCUCUUGCCCUAGCUUUUGGCAGCAACAAGGCGGAGAGGAGCGAGAGGGUGGAUAUAAACAUGUGGCUGAAAACCUGUAGGAUGCUUCCAACUGUGAAAGCCCCCAAAGAAGAAGUGAGAGCUUGCUGCAGGCCGCAGGAGUUUGCGGCACCAAACCCAGUUGUCGGGGACUCCUUCCUGACUCUUCUGGACCUCUAUGAAGCCCCAGAAGCCCUUCAGAGGGAAGAUGAUCCCAGGGAAAGCGUUCUGCCUGCUGAGGCUAACGUCCCGGUAGAGAUCCGAGGACCCAUGAAGAUGUCCUGGACGCCGGGCUGGAUGCUGGAGGACGGCACGCUCGGGCAAGGCGCCGUCCUCGCCUCCGAGGAUGCUCAGGCUUGUGACAUUUGCCAGGAGAUUUUCCCAUUGGACGCCGUGGGCCAAGCAGACUAUUUAAAGCACGUCUUAGCCCAUAUGAAGUAGGGCUUGUCUUCAUGGUCGGAAAUCUGCAUAUUUGCACCUCAACCAACGUGAUGGGCCACCUGAGCUGACCUCUGGACCUUCACGAGAUCCUGCCGCUGGCUUUGAGCGGGGCCAGCUCAGGUGGCAGUCCUCUUCCCUGUAAUCCAGCGUGCUCCCAAACUCAGUCCCUGAUGCACUGCUUGAGGGGCCAGCUGAAGGCCCUGGGUGUGUUUUGGCUUUUUGAGCUUCAUGGAUAUCAAAGCAGCUUCUGUCCUGGGGUCUGGGCUUGUGUGGGGCUGAGCAGGGGAGCUGUAACUCAACAGGAAAUGGAACUUUAUCAAAAUUCACCUUUAACUGAGUAGAAAAGAAUUUUCCACAAAUAGCCAGGGAUGUUUGAAAAGUCACAUUGGCGUUUUCCAAGAGCAUGGAAGGUUGGGUGGGAGAAUCGUGAGGUUUUCACGGUCACUAAACCUGAAUUGGCCUUUUGAGAGAGGCUCAAUGGCGCGAUGACGGGGACUGGAUCACACCUUCCGUGUGUGUCCCAGAGGGGCAUAACCGAGAGCUCUUCUCACUGCUAUUAAAACCUCAUCAGCUCCAAUUUAUGGAAUUGAAUUGAUCCCUCUCCAGGUGGGAGGAGGCUUAUCAGCACCCAUCGGCACGGGGUCGUCUCUCCUGGCUCAGGUCCCGCCGUGUUUGGAGAGCAGCAGAGCAGAAAGGGGCUCCUGCAGCGCGGGGAGGUGACUGACACGGGUGUUAUUGUCCCCAGUUUCUAUGAGGUCUCUUGGGGAAAACGUCUUUUGAACGACCGGCUCUGGGAGGCGGUGGGAGGGACGGGGGCAUGCGGAGGGUGCAGCUUCUGGUCCCAGAGCUGGGUGAACCUCGCCGGGCUGUGGUUUGCCCUCAAGUAAGGUUUUAAUCUCGUCCUGAACAACAGGAGCAAGUAAUUGCC